GAUUGAAUCUAGCACAUUAUGAUAAAUAAAUACACAGAUUAUACCAACUAUUUUUACAUUUAUUUUUCAAUUUGACCUUUUAUCAAUAAAAAUAAAGCAGAGAGCAUCAAGAAAUCACCAAUUUAUUCACGAAAUAAUUCACGAAGUGUUUUUUGCUCUAAAAAACAAUUUCGUUCAUAAAGUGAUAGCAAACCAAACAAAUUUUUCGAAAAAUCGCAUCGCUCGUUUUUAGCAGUUACCUAUUUUACCGAUAGUGUCGAAUUUUGACCUCCAUAUGACAUUGUUAACAUUGACAUUUUUGAAACAAAUUUCGAAGCCAGUGCAGGCGGUAGUGAAAAAGGGUAGAUUUUUCUCAACAACUAUGGCUUUAAACAAACUCCCUAUCGAUGCCUUAGAUUUGGGCAACAAAAGGAUCCUAAUGAGGGUAGAUUUCAAUGUGCCCCUCAAGGACGGAAAAAUUACCAAUAAUCAAAGAAUUGUCGCAGCUUUGGACACCGUUAAAUACGCUUUGGAUAAAAAGGCUAAAAGUGUGGUGCUUAUGUCACAUUUAGGAAGACCUGAUGGAAAUCCCAACCCAAAGUAUACCAUGAAGCCGGUUGUAUCGGAGUUGGAAAAUCUUUUGCAAAGACCAAUUGUUUUUCUGCCCGAUUGCAUUGGACCUGAAGUUGAAAAAGCCUGUGCUGACCCUAAACCCGGAUCUGUCAUUUUGCUCGAAAAUCUAAGGUUUCACAUUGAAGAAGAAGGCAAAGGUGUAGAUGCCAGUGGCAAUAAGGUCAAAGCCGACCCUGCUAAAGUAAAAGAAUUUAGAUCCAGUUUACGCAAAUUGGGCGAUGUAUAUGUCAAUGACGCUUUCGGUACUGCCCAUCGCGCCCACUCAUCCAUGUUGGGUGAAGGUUUUGUUCAAAGAGCUUCUGGAAUGUUAUUGAAGAAAGAACUUCAAUAUUUCGCCAAAGCCUUAGAUAAUCCUGAAAGACCUUUCUUGGCAAUUUUGGGUGGUGCCAAAGUUGCUGAUAAAAUUCAAUUGAUCGAAAAUUUGUUGGAUAAAGUCAAUGAGAUGAUCAUCGGUGGUGGUAUGGCUUAUACAUUCCUCAAGGAGAGCAAAGGCAUGUCGAUCGGUACAUCACUGUAUGACAAAGAAGGGGCACAAAUUGUUGGAAAACUCUUAGAAAAAGCAAAGAAAAACAACGUACAAAUCCAUUUGCCCUUAGAUUUCAUCACUGCCGAAAAAUUUGAUGAAAAUGCCACCCCAGGCAGUGCCACUGUAGAAGGAGGCAUUCCAGAAGGUUGGAUGGGCCUCGAUAUUGGACCAAAAACCAUUGAAGCUUUCAGGGAGCCCCUUAGACGUGCCAAAGUCAUCGUUUGGAAUGGGCCAAUGGGUGUGUUUGAAUUUGAAAAAUUCGCGAAUGGAACCAAAGCAGUUAUGGAUGAGGUUGUCAAUGUAACAUCAAAAGGAGUCACCACUAUUAUAGGUGGCGGUGAUACAGCAACUUGUGCCGCGAAGUGGAAGACAGAAGAUAAAGUAUCGCACGUAUCAACAGGAGGUGGUGCCAGUUUGGAACUGCUAGAAGGCAAAGUUCUUCCAGGCGUGGCAGCGCUUUCAGAUGCAUAAAUCGACGAAGACCACUUCCAAGUUCCUAUAGCAUUAUCGAGCACAGAUUACCAUAAAUUUCUUAAUGUAUUUAACCGAUUUCAUAGGGUAUAACUCGAAGAAAUCUGAAAAAAAAAUUAAGAAAUUAAGUUUCAAUAAAUUGAAAAUGAUAAGUAACGGGAAAUGUUGCUUUUGAAAUUUGUAAAAUCACUUUUAGAUCGUACUGUUAUGGUUAGGCGUAAAAUUGAGUGUUUGUGAUCGUAUGUUAUCAAAGUUAAAUAAUUUAUGUUAAAUAUAUUAGAAAAUAAAUAUUUAAAAUAUAAA